AUGCCCAGUAACACAGAAACUAACCCAAAGGAGCAACUUCAUGCCAUUACUGUGCACAAUGAUGAAGAGUUAGUUGAAGAUGAGCCGAAACUGAGACAAGACAAUAAGGUAGAUAAAGGUGGUGACACGAUUAAACUUCAAGCUUGUGACUCUGUUAGACUAUCUAGUGAUCAAGAUGAUAUUACGAGUUCUUCCCAUGAGAACAACAUGUUAGCUCAGAUUGUUGUAUUACAAAUCAAGGAACUAGAUGAAUGGCGAACAACAGUUAAGAAGAAAUCGGGGAUACACGAUAAAUCAAGGCAGUGCCAUGACAAACCUAAAGAUGAAUCAAAUCAACUUAAGGUUGGAGACAAAGUACUGUUAGAUCAAACAGACCCUCGUGUUGCCACUUCUGAACCCAAUAGAGCAACUCUUUUUCGGUACUCAACGUUGUCCCAUACGGAAUACUAUGACAAACACACGAGCAAGAAAACUACCGUCUCCGCUUCAAAAAAGUGGAAGGGUCCUGGUGCAACCUCCUCGAGCGCCUCAACCGAAGCUCGUCACCCUCUUCUUCGAUUCUCGUCAGGCCCACAGGACGACUUAUUUCAGCUUCUUCGAGUACGACCAUUAGGAGUAGGCCGUUGCAUAGAUUGGACCGCCUUGGAACAGCACGUGAUGAAUACCCACGACGAGGCCGAUACUAUCAUUUUCAGACUUGGUGGACUCGUAAGACACAUGAGUGUACCAGAGUUUGGAGCUGCUUUGGGCCUCUACAGGGGGAGUUUAUGGCUUCUGAGGCUUUUCUACAUCUUUACCGACACAUACACCACUCGCCUUCCUGCUAAAUUUGCUUCCCCACAAUUUGAAACAUUAACUCUACAUCAAGCCAAACUCUCUCUAUCUUCAAACCCCAGGUUUCAGUUUUAUCUGAAUUGUGCAGUAAGAUAUCUUCUCGGUGAGAGAAGCAGUUCACCCUCGGAAGAUGUGUCAGAGUCCUUGAAGCUCGUUAAAUAUGUAAGUGGGUCAUAUGAUUCUGCUGAGGGCUUUCAACUGUUAGACAAGGAAAUUGCAAUGCAUGAAAUCUCAAAAAGUAGUCAAGAAGUGUCAUCUCGGAGACUCUUUUAUCUCGCACUUCCACCAUCGGUAUAUCCACCCGUUUACAGGAUGAUCAGGAAAUACUGCAUGAACAAAUCUGAUCUUAGUGGAUGGACUCGGGUGGUUGUUGAAAAACCAUUUGGAAAAGAUUUGGACUCUGCCGAGCUACUGGGUUCCCAGAUCGGAGAGUUGUUUGAUGAACCUCAAAUUUACCAUAUCGAUCACUAUUUGGGAAAGGAAUUGGUCCAGAAUCUGGUAAUAAACAUCUCUGGUCGUUUUGCUAAUCGCUUUUUCUUGCCUCUUUGGAAUUGUGACAACAUUGAUAAUGUACGGAUUGUGUUCAGGGAGGAUUUCGGAACUGAAGGUCGUGGUGGAUAUUUUGAUGAAUAUGGAAUCAUCCGUGAUAUUAUCCAAAACCAUCUGUUGCAGGUGUUUUGUCUUGUGGCUAUGGAGAAGCCUGUCUCUCUCAAACCCGAACACAUUCGUGAUGAGAAAGUGAAGGUUCUUCAAUCCGUACUCCCAAUUAAAGAUGAAGAGGUUGUACUCGGACAAUAUGAAGGUUACCGAGAUGAUGUGACAGUCCCUGACCACUCAAAUACCCCAACAUUUGCUACUGUUAUCCUCCGUAUACACAAUGAAAGAUGGGAAGGUAGCAUAAUUACAUCUUUUCAUUACUGUUGUUUGUUUUACGUGCUUCUUCAUUGA